CACGCCUCUCCGUGGUGCCGGUGACGCGUCAGUCCGCUGUGAAAGAUGGCUGCGGUGGAGCGGGUUCAGGUCAGAGAAGGCUUCCGGAUAGUUGUCCUGUGCGUGUGCUGGUACACCGUCAGCUCGGGCGGCAACGUCAUCAACAAAAUCAUCCUCAAUGGGUUCCCCUACCCGGUCACGGUGUCUCUCUUUCAUAUAUUCUCCAUUGUCGUGUUCCUCCCGCCGUUGCUGCGGGCAUGGGGAGUCCCCAAAACAGAACUACCGAGAAGGUACUACUGGUGGACCAUUCUUCCUUUGGCUUUCGGGAAAUACUUUGCAUCGGUGUCGGCCCACUUCAGCAUAUGGAAGGUACCGGUUUCCUACGCGCACACCGUCAAAGCCACGAUGCCAAUAUGGGUUGUGCUCUUGUCAAGAAUCAUCAUGAGAGAGAAGCAGACUACCAAGGUGUACAUAUCUCUGAUCCCCAUCAUUGGCGGUGUGCUGCUGGCCACAGUGACAGAGCUGUCCUUCGACGUUUCGGGUCUCAUCAGUGCUCUGGCUGCCACGCUCUGCUUCUCCCUACAGAAUAUAUUCUCCAAAAAGGUGUUGCGUGACACUCGAAUCCACCACCUGCGGUUGCUCAACAUCUUGGGCUUCAAUGCAGUAAUAUUCAUGCUGCCCACCUGGGUGCUGGUGGACCUCUCUGUCUUUCUUGUCAACGACGAUCUGUGGGACAUGUCGGGGUGGACCAGAACUGUCGUUCUCCUGCUCAUCAGUGGCUUUUGCAACUUUGCUCAGAACGUCAUUGCCUUCAGCGUGCUUAAUCUGGUCAGCCCGCUCAGCUACGCCGUGGCAAACGCUACCAAGAGGAUUAUGGUUAUCAGCAUCUCACUGUUUAUGCUGCGUAACCCCGUGUCACUCACCAAUGUGAUGGGCAUGAUGACGGCCAUAGUCGGGGUCUUCCUCUACAACAAGGCCAAGUAUGAUGCUCACCAAGAGAAGAAACUGCUGCCGAGCAACAAACAGGACCUGAUGUCCUUUGACAACCCAGCAUUACAGAAGCUUCAGGCCAACGGGUCAGUGCCUUUCUCCCAUGGUUCAAAGCAGCAGCAGCAGCAGCAGCACAGUUGGAACAACGUGCUCACCGACCACUUCCAGUACAGUCGCCAGACCUACACGUCAAACUACAACAGCAACCACCAAUAUGUGGUGUAAAAGAAGAUAGACAUGAGUUUGUGUGUGUGUGCGCAUGUGUGUGUUUGUGUGGUACUCAACAUCCCAGCCGCACUGGUCUGCUCUAAACAUGAGACUCAGGCCCAGCGCAGACAGGAAGAGCAAGCUCUGUCAUGAAAGGGUCAGUGACCUCUCCCAUGCCCCUUAAUGUCCAAACCUCGCUGCGUGAUCCCGUCCAUCACACACAACGCUCAUUUCAUCUACAGAUGGUGAGUGAUGGAUACAACCUAUUGUUUUUUGUUUUUUUUGUUUUUUUUUACUUUCAAAGGGAGUGAUGUCAACUGCUCCUCACGCCGACAGUCUGUCAUGUUACAUCUGGUAACAAGCGGAACGCCUUAAUGUUUGGAUUUUAGGCUUGUACUAUUCUUCGCCAAGCUUGUGUCAUGGUGGCCGGGAGGGAUGAGCUGCUGGAAGCCUGGUUUAUAAAAGAAAAACACAAUCAGCCCACGUCAGCGCACACACACAGGAAGCAUUCAUAUCCCAUCAGACUUUGAAUUAGAAAAAGGUGUGAGACAAGUUCUGAUACGCGGAACAGUCAGUGACCACUACUAUUUUCUUACAGCGCUGAAAAUAAAUCAAAUACUGAAAGUUUACGGAACAAAAAUGUCCUUGUAAAAUAUCCAGUUUUUUAAAUUGUUCAAACUUUGUGUAGGAGGUGUAUGGAUC